ACAAAGCUAAGACUUCUGGUUGUGUUUUGUAAAGCCCCUUGUUCUUACAUUUAAAUAAAAUUCUUUCUUUUAACACAGGAAAACAUAUUCUCUUAAAACUGAAACUGAAAGUCCUUUCUUGAUUCCUGGAAAUGUGAUCAAAACUGCUUUCCUGCCUAAACUAUUUUGGUGGUUUGACAGCAAUCCCUGAGCUUUAAGCUUUAUGUAUCCAGAACAUUGUCUGCAACACCUAUCAAGGGAGCACUGUGUGAGAGCAGCACAUGCACCUCUCCCAUGUCUAAUUCAGCCUGGAAAGGGCAAGAAUACUGCUAUUACUUCAGCUGGUGAAUUUUCUUGUACUUCUUGGAAGCUGUAGCAUUUCACUGAAUGCAGGGAUUUGCUCCUGUACCGUGCUUGUCUGUGCAGUCAGGCUCAGGCUGAUUAUUAUUUGGUUGCCUUUCCAUCAAGCCUGGUGGGUGCACUGACAGGAUUUGGUUGAACACUGCCUGAACCACGAGGUGCCUCUGCACACCCCACACCUCCCCGCUCCGCUGCGCCCUGCGCUGAGCCAGACCAGCUGCACCGUCGUGUCCUGACCGAAGGCUCCUGGGAUGUCACGCCGCAGGCACCAGCCUGAGCCUGGCGACCUAAUCGAGAUCAAGCGAUCAGGUUACCAGCACUGGGCCCUCUACUUGGGAGAUGGAUAUGUCGUCCACCUGACAUCUGCAGAUGAAGGGAUCCAAUGCCUGUCAGGCAGUAGUGACCCAACAUUGAGGAAAAAGGCCAAGGUGAAGAAGCAGCUCCUGAAGGAGGUGGUGGGAACUGAUGACUGGGAGGUCAACAACAAGUAUGACCGCUCCUACACCCCCCUCCCAGUGAAGGAGAUCAUCGAGCGUGCUGAGAGCUUCAUUGGCAUGGAGAUGACCUAUCGUGUGUUUCGCAAAAACUGUGAGCACUUUGUGACAAUGCUCCGCUAUGGCAAGAGUGUCUCUGACCAGGUCAAGAGAGCAAUUCGACGGAUAAUCGUGUUAGGUGUCGAAACGGUCGCUUCUGCAGUUGUUGGUGGGGUUGUGGGUGCUGUCGCUGCUCCUGUUCUUGGUCCUGUUGGUGCUACUGUUGGUGCUGUUGUUGUUCGUGCUUCAAGUGCUUCUGCUGGUGUUCCUUUGGCUAUCAAAGUUGUGAAGGCCUUGUUCUCCAAGGCAAUCAGGAAAAUCAGGAAAAAGAGAAAGAGCAACUGAUGGGCCAUUUGAAAGACCUCCAAGCAAGGCAGGGAGCCCCUGGCUGUGGGUGGUCAUUGCCUAGUAUUUGCCACACCUGAUACCAAAGACUACCAGCAACUUUGCUGGCCUUCCUGCGAUAAUUAAUAAUUACAAGAAAAUCUAAACAAACAAACUCAUGUUGACCUAAAUUCCUCUUCUAUCUAUUUGAGUAUAGUUUUGUGUGCAAGUGCAACAAUUCAGCCUUACUUCUCUCUUCCAUUCCAUUAAGAAAUAACAAGUCAAGAGCGGAAGGUGAUUACCAGCAGCACUAGCCUGGUUGCUACAUUUGCUUUUAUUUCAAUGCCUGCGAUGAUUUUUGUGGCAGUCUGGGAGCACUUGAAAGCAAAUUAUCCCUUCCUUCCCUCCAUCUUGCCUCCAGUGCUUUGCUGAGGACUGGUGCAGGCUUUCUAUCCAACCUUCCUGUUUUUAUCAGCUGAAUCCUAUGGUCUGUUUCUGUGAAUAUCUGAUUUUAACCUUACCUUUCUGAAAAAGUUAAAUUACAGUAUUGCUGAGG